AUGUCCCGGUUUUGGCAUCGUCUUUUGCCUCAACAAGCCUGCCCCAAGGGUAAUGAGGAUGAGACAAGCCUCUCUAGCAAAAAGACACGACUAAGUCGUCGAAAAAGCAUUUCACACUUUUUUAUUCCACCUACCAAACAUCCAUCAGAUGCUUCUGACCAGCAUUUGCCCGUAGAGAAACGUGAUCCCUUAUCUACAAUUGCCCACCAAGAGACGAUUCCCUAUCCUCGUUACAACGUUAAUGACCCACGGCAUAAUCCAGAAGCUGUGAAUAUAUCUAGGAACACCUUUUUGCCCGUGCUUCAAUAUGCUGAUUCCACUUCCCAGCACGAAAUAACCUCACGACCGGCUUACCCAAAAGAUAUUUCGCCUUCGAAAUCACUUCGUCGAGUACGUUCAAAUUUACGGUCACUUGCUGGAAGUGUUCGAUUGAAAUCUUUUUUCAAUCGCAGAGAGAUUCCAUCUUUUAUAGGCCCUGCCCUCUCCGAGCAUGACGAGUCAGAACGUGAACUUUCAGCCCAAGAGCCCAAAAAAAAUGCUUUCGUACACCGUUCUCUUGCCAUAGAUAUUCCAUCUUGUUCAGUUAUGGACUUGAGCGAUUUUGGAUCUCCUCCCCUCAAUAAUUCUCCUGACAAUUUUGAACCGAAUAGAGAAAUUCUAUUAUACGAACCAAAAUACGAACCAAACUCGUCAUCUAUACAAGGAACCGUGCGUGUUGCAAAUGUACCCACAAUCUCGCUUUUAAACACAAACAGUGUUCAUCAACCUAGGAGUCACGAUAUAUCGGCCUGCCACUUACAAACCCGGAAGAAGGAAAUGGCAAUUCGACAAAUCCACCAAACUCUAAAAUGUGCUAAUAUCUCUGACGCCUCAUGUAACAGCGCCAAUUCACCAGAUUUUCUGGGUCAAGAGGACUUGUUUCAUUUGAAGCUAGCCGAUUUAUCCCCAGUUUCUUCGAAAAAUAAAGACAACAGCCGCCAAGCUGCCACACCUCCAUUACCCCUUAAAUUUGACAUGGACCCGGCACAUACAAACGCUAACUCAACUGGUUUGAAGCCGCCUCUCAAGGCAUAUCAUACCCCCGCUGAAGACGCGGGUCCUCGUCACUCUUUAGAGCCCGGAAUUUGGAAAACCAAAAGCUCUCGUGUAUCGCAAAUAUCUAUCCGGACACCGUCUGAGUGUAACACUGAGUUUGAUUCCAAUUUUGGCACUGAUUUAUGCCGAACAAGUUGCUACGGGGUUAAGACAGAGAGUACUGAGGAGAACAACCCUUUGCUAAUGCCUUGGUUAGCUUCAAUGGAAAACUUCGGACACUCUGGCUGUGUAGGUGUCUCCCAUGCAUCAGAUCGCUCAAUGUCCCCUAAAAGCAUUAAAAGUUUCAACUUUUCUCCUCCUUUGGCGGCCUGUGAUUGUAAUUUAGUCGAAAAUCGCGAAGAAAAGGGAAACAAAAACGAGGACCUGGCCGCCGCGAGCGGCAACUAUAGUAUAACGAUAUCGGGCGGCAAUACCACACCAGUGAUAAUGUCUGAGCCCCACGAUCACAAAAAUGACCGUUCUCAGUCUUCUGCUCUGAAAAGCUUUGGCAGUAGCAAUUUCAACGCCACAAAAUGCGAAUGGUGCCAAAAAACUGCAGAACAGCCAUCUACAGAAUUGAAAUCCAUGGUUGAAGCUGUCGAUCGAAAUUUUGGUCUCGAAAUUGACCUCGCUUCGAAAGAAAAUCGAAGGUCGCAAUCAGUGAAGAUGGGGUUGUCUGAAUCGCAGCGCGAGGAGCAAUUUCGCCUAAAAAGGAAUUGCAAAGAAAGACAAUACCUGCACGGGAAUUCGGGUAGCCCAGACCCCGAGUGCAACUCUCUCUAA